AUGGCUUCCAUCAAAUCCACGCGCUCUUUAACUCUGGACAUCCCACCAAGCUGCAUAGAGUUUGUGCCAGGCCACCCGGAGCUUUUUGUAGUCGGUACCUAUUAUCUUGAAAAGAAGGAUGAGGAAGGACACGAUGCCACGGAGUCGACUACCGGACAGCCGCAGCAAAGGACAGGGAGCCUUCUGCUCUUCAAACUCGAGGGAGAAGAAGUAACACUCCAACACACGCUCCCCACCCCCUUCGCCAUCUUCGACAUCCACUUCGCUCCCGCGUCGACAUCCUCAUCCGGCCCCCUCCUCGGCGCCGCCACUUCCACCGGCUCCCUCGCCCUGUACGAAAUCUCCGCUUCUACUCUGUCAAUCACGCCGCUCUCCGUCCUCCAAAUCUUCCCCACCACCUCCCUCAUCACCUUCUUCGCCUGGCACCCAACCAUCCCCUCCCUCGCCGCCCUCGCCCUCUCGUCCGGCUCCAUCUACCUCUGCGACACCGCGACCAUCGCCGCAACCGCCAGCAGCAAUGCGGACUCCACGCCCGUCCUCGAAGACGGCGACACGACCCCAACCGCCGCGUACCUGCACGCCCACGCCCUCGAAGCCUGGUUCGUCGCCUUCACGCCAGACGGGCGCAGCCUCCUCUCCGGCGGCGACGACAGCACGCUGGUGUCACUGGCCCCGCUUCCCCACGCCUCGUCCGCGCAGGAGCUGCUCGCCGCCGUCGCCGACGCGCCGCCCGCGGUCCAGUGGCAGGACCGGAAGACGCACCAGGCGGGCGUGACGGCCAUCCUGCCCCUGACGACACCAUCGUCCAGCAGCGGCGAAGAAAGCCAGCCGCCCCCCCUCCUCAUCCUCACCGGCAGCUACGACGACCACAUCCGGCUCCUCGCCCUACCGCCCACACCAACAUCCUUCCCGCGCCGCCCCAAACUGCUCGCCGAGCUCGACCUCGGCGGCGGCGUGUGGCGGCUCAAGGACAUUACUGAUACUAGGUCCGAAGAAACUGAAGGAGCGUACGAGUACACCAUCCUCGCCAGCUGCAUGCACGCCGGCGCGCGGGUGCUGCGGCUCAAGGGGUCGUCGUCGCAGCAGGACGAGGGAGGAGAAGACCUGGAAUGGUCGUUCGAGGUGCUGGCAGCCUUCGAGGAGCACAAGAGCAUGAACUACGGGAGCGACGUGCAGCCGGGUGAGGGAGGACGAGGAGGAGGCAGGAAGGUGGUCAGCACGAGCUUCUACGAUCGACUGCUGGCAAUGUGGAGAUGGUAA